AGAAGCAUUAAGAAAAUUACUCGUACAACAGCCACCAUAAUAAUAUGGAAAUUUUCGCUCACAUUUAAGCUCAGGUUUCAGGCAUAAGCCCAGAACAUAAGUAUAGAUACAUGAUCACACAGGUAACAGUUGAUCAUUUGAUUUUAUCGAAGGAUUCCGACACUGAGAUCACACGGACACCGAAAUUGAUGAAAAACAUGCAACAGGAUACAAAAAUGGAUCCUAUCAAUGAUCAUUAUGUAGCAGAAAAGCUAAUUCACGAGAAAAACGGGGAGAAGAUAGAAAAGGCUCAGUUUUGGUUCUCGAAACGAUUUCUCAUCACGGUUUUAAUGUUUUUCGGAUAUAUCAACGUGGUCACACUGAAAGCGAAUUUGAAUAUUGCUGUAAUUGAUAUGACAUCAAAGAAACUCAUUAUAAUUGGAAAUGAUACAACUUACGAACAACCAGAAUUCGACUGGAAUUCACAGACAACUGGUUUUAUCCUGGGUAUGUAUGCUUAUGGAUACCAAACAUGUUUGGCGAGCGGAUACGUGAUCAAUAAAUUGGGAGGUGCGAUCACAUUUGGAGGUGGAAUAAUGUUGAUGUCGGUGUUGAAUAUUAUCACUCCAGCAAUUUUAAAAGCAAAUUUUUACCUUUUUUUGGCUUCCAGGAUUAUUAUUGGAUCUCUUGAUGGAUUCACAUACACAGGAAUAAUGGAAAUAUUAGCACGAUGGGCCCCAAUUCAAGAAAGGUCAACCAUGUCAUCUCUUGGUUUCAACGGCAUUUACAUAGGAAUUGCGGCUACUUAUCCCAUUUGCGGAUUUUUAGCCUUUCACUGGGGUUGGAAAUCGACUUUCUAUGUAGCAGGUAUUGUGGGAAUCAUCUGGUCUUUUAUCUGGCUACCCGUGGUGAAAAAUCAUCCUUCUAAGGAUAAAUGGAUCUCGAAAAAAGAGCUCAUGUAUAUUUUGAACAACACUGAAACGACAGCACGAAAUAAAAUUAGACCUCCUUACAAAAAAAUCUUCAAAUCACCAGCCGUUUGGGCACUAUGCGUAUGUCAGUUCGUGUACAAUUGGGGAUUUACACUUUUGGUAACGUGUUUUCCUAUCUACGUCAAAGAUAUGACAGGACGUAGUAUCGAUGAGGUAGGCAUGAUAGCCUCCAUUCCAAAUCUCGUCUGCAUGUUCAUGGUUCCAUUGGCCGGAGUGUUGAUGGAUUUUUGGCAAAACAACAGUAAUCUUACACGCAGUCAGAUUCAUAAAAUAAUGACGAGCCUAGGAUUUCUUACGGGAUCUAUUUCCUUUGCAAUAGCUGCAUACAGCACUAGUUUUACGUUAUCCAUGAUAUGUUUUGUCGUCAUCAAGAUGAUGAUAUCUUUCAAUUUUCUACUUUUGCAUCUGGUCUGUCUCGGCAUGUCACCCAAUCAUACAGGUGCAUUGGCCGGAAUUGCAGCAUUUUGGCACACAGUGAGUGUAAUUUUGGUACCAAAUAUGGUAGGAUUUAUAGUACAAGAUCACACUUUGGAAGAAUGGAGCAUAUGUUUUCUCAUAUCUGCAGCCGUUCUUCUAAUGGGAACAAUUGUCUUCGUGAUCUAUGGUUCUAGCGAACUUCAGCCAUGGUCCGUAUCGCUUCCUUCCAACGUUAAUGAUGUUAAUGAAAAACCAAAUGUUGAAAAUGAAAAUUUCAACAAAACAUGAAUUUAUAUGUACAUUUCGAUAUUUAUGAUCCUUGGAAUAAAUUCUUACAUCCUCGAA